AUGGCGUUCCGUAAGAUGGACGACCGACGUCAAAUGCUACGAAACGAGGCUGUCCAUGCGGCACUCCAAAUCAGACCAUCGCGCUCUCGAGCCGCGAGCACUUUCCUGCUUGCAAGAGCUUUCCUGCUGUCAGGCACAGUUUGGGUGCGCCUUCCUCCAGUGCUGGUCGCACCUGCCAAGGCCGGAACCAAACCCAACACAGCAAGUUCUUUACUGGAAAUCACUACAUCGUAUGGUUUGGGGCAGGAUGGACCCCAACGACGCCCACUUGCGCACUCAUUUGCGCUCAAACACAUCUGA